CAUGUCCGCGUACGGCGCCAUCUCCUCCCGCUCAACCUCCUCUCUUCCCUCCACAACAUGGAAACUCGCCUCCAAACGCUCAGGUGCUCCCAAGCACCUCACUCUGCACCAUGUCACCCUCGAAACCGCGCGAGCGCUCCCGGGGCUCGUCGACUACCUCCACCGUACGUUCGCGGAUGAGCUCGCGGGCGGCCGCACCUAUCCACAAGAGAUUCUGCCCGGCGAAGUAUACACACGCGAGCAAUUCGACGCGUACUACUUCGCCGCAGACGUCCUCGUCGCGGUACUCGGACAGCCUACUUCCGAGAGCGCAGCCGACGCGCCGGACGGGAGCAUCGUCUCGAUCGGGUUCGCAGAGGCCGUGAGCGGCCGCGCUUGGGAAGAGUGCCUCGCCGGCUGCUACUACGUGAAGCCGAAUUACCCGGGACGGUCGUCGCAUGUGAGUAAUGGCCAAGUUGCGCUUCCGGCUGUCCUCGAUUGUGCUUCUUCUCUCCUCGGCGAUGAACGCGAUCGGUAGUCCCGUCCCUGCGCUGUUGCGCUGAGACUGAACGCCGUUAUGCCGAGAUGGAAGCUCUGGGAUUGAACGGCAUCCUCAGAACUGGUAGCGCUAUGCUUGCGAAUACCUGCAUGCGUUGCUCUGCUGUAAUGGUCUGGAGACCUCCUCUACCAGGGCUCUUUCGUGGACGUCUGCCGCGUCCCAUCUGAUGCGAAGGGCCGCCGGGCUUCCCUGGACCGUUCCCCCGUCCCACAAUGCUGCUGUUCGCGAGGAGGGCGGCUCGGAGCCGGGGCGCGGGCGGGCGGGUGCCUGGCCGGGGGAGAGGCUGGAGAAGUAAUUCGUAAGUAUGUGUGGGUCGUGGGCUAUAGGUUGCAGGUUGUAGGUCGUGGGCUAUAGGUUGCAGGUUGUAGGUCGUGGGCUAUAGGUUGCAGGUUGUAGGUCGUGGGCUGUGGGUUGCGGGUCGUAGGUCGUGGGCUGCAGGUUAUGGGUUGUAG